CUGCUCUAAGGAGAGAAAGCUCCUCCCAGGCCUGCAUUAGAGUGACCUAAGUGGUACCAGGCUCUCUGUCUCCGUGUUAAUCAAUUGUCAAGCUUGCAGACAAAGAGCACAAUCAACCCCUUAUGCGAAGGACCAAGUAGGAGGGAUAUGUGCCCAUGUGCCCAGACUAUUUUGUUGGAGUCAGGGCAGAAAGAAGCAGAAGCCAGAGAGCCUGGCGUGCUCUGGCUCCUUAAGAUCCAACUAUUUAUGUCUAUGGAUCUGGUUUGUCCUGUCAGUUCCCCCUUACAAUUCUGUGACUCUGGCCCUACAGCUAGCAUGUUUGUAUAGCCUCAUCCUUUGGAUUGGAGAUAGCUGUCCUGCCUGGUAGCCAUUUUCAGAAAGUCAAGUGGGGCAUUUAUAUUUAUUCAUUUUUUAAAUGUUGCACUGUAUGACCAUUUCUUACUCCAGUCAGCAACUUCCUUCUAGUCCUCUAGCAUCAGUUGCCUUUGGUGAGAGACAACUUGCACAUCUAUGGUUAGCCAUCUAGCAAUUUCAUACAUGGAUGCUUGGAGGAAUGGCAACACUUCCCGAUAACUUAUCCCUGUGCCUCUAGUUCUGUAGGUACAUCUGCCACUUUGCCUUAUAAAGAGUAUCAGCUUCUUAACCCUGUGGACAGUUUAGUACUGCCUCUGGAGAGUUGUGGGGAUGCUGUGGGUCACCCUCAGAAGGGGGCCUUUUGUUUGCCGCUCCUGGGUUAAAACUUGCUACUUAAUUUAUCUUGCCUUCUUCCUGGAAGAGAGCAGAAUAUUUUGAAGAGGGAGUUGACGCACUGAGACAGAGUUUCAUAACAUGUUCCUAAGGAUGAAAGGGAGACUAGAAGUGUAAGCACUGAAAGAUAUUCCCCUCAGGGGAUUCAAGUCCCCCCCCACUGGCUUCUCCAAGAUAGGGCUGAGAGAGAUUCCUGCCUGCAACCUUGGAGAAGCCGCUGCCAGUCUGUGAAGACAAUACUGAGCUAGAUGGUCUGUACCAAUGGUCUGACUCAGUAUAUGGCAGCUUCCUAUGUUCCUAUGGAUAUUUCACAGCUGAUUUCCUUGCUAACAGAGCAAAGAGGCACCUUUUUAAAGUGGUGAUUCUCUUAUAUUUAGCAGAGGAAGAGCAACUGGCCCUACUCAACCCCAGCACAGCAUUCCUCUGGUGGUUGCUCCUGGUAUCUACCCUUUAAAAAAAAAGUCUGUAAGCCCUUAGGGGCAACGGAACUAUCUUUAUUUUUCUAUAUAAACACUUUGUGAACUUCUGUUGCAAAGCAGUAUAUCAAUACUUAUAAGAUGUUAAUAAAAGACAAGCAAACUAUCCACUGUGAUACCAAAUAUUCACUCACUCUGUUCCUUAAGAAGGCUUGACACACACAAAAAUACACACAACAGAUUAAUAGCCAAAUCAAUAAAUGCAGCAUUAGCAGCUGUUGUUUUUCUUGUCGAUAACCCCAAAUCAGCUGAAGACCUCCAUGCAGCCAAAUUGUAUGGCCAUUUCCUGUUCCAGGCCUCAACUAAGCACAUGGAUUAUGUCAUAAUACACAAUGCUCAUGUCAUUAAGGUUCUAAAACUGUCGUGUGCAUUCUUGCCAGUUGAAGUGAUGGCCAGAGCAUAGAGAAUGGAUAUAAAUGAAAACCAGAAAACAAAAUGUCAAGCAGAGGAAGUGCAAGUGGUGGCUGUGCUCCAUCAAAAAGGGGCACAAUAGUUAAGCAUGGCAUCAAGCCUAAAGAAGAGGGAUCUUCUGCUCCAAGGAGGAUAGUGAAAGAAACCAGAGCUGUUGUUGUAGACAUUGGCACGGGUUCCUGCAAGUGUGGGUUUGCUGGAGAACCAAAGCCAACCCAUGUGGUCUCAUCUACCGUGGGUAAGCAUUUGCAGGAGACUGCAAAAACGGGGGAUAAUAGGAAAGAGACUUUUGUUGGCAGAGAACUUAAAGAUGCAACAAUACCCCUGAAACUUGUCAACCCUUUGAGACAUGGAAUAAUAGUGGACUGGGAUACUGUUCAAGACAUAUGGGAAUAUCUUUUCCACAAGGAGAUGAAGAUUCGGCCUGAGGACCAUGCUGUUCUAGUAUCAGAUCCUCCGCUGAGCCCUACCACCAACAGAGAAAAAUAUGCAGAAAUGCUCUUUGAAACAUUCUGUACCCCUGCUAUGCACAUUGCGUACCAAUCUAGAUUGUCAAUGUAUUCCUAUGGGAAAACAUCAGGUCUUGUUGUGGAGAGUGGCCAUGGUGUCUCCUAUGUGGUUCCUAUUUAUGAAGGCUACACCCUGCCCAGCAAUACUGAACGGGCAGACUAUGCGGGGUCAGAUGUCACCCAGUAUCUGAUGAAGUUAUUAAAUGAAUCUGGAAAUGGGUUCACUGAAAAGCAAUGGUACAUUUUGGAAGAUAUCAAAGAGAAUUAUUGCUUCACCUCGUUGGACUGUCAACAGGACGCAAAUGCACCUUCCAGGAAACAUGAAAUUGAAUAUGAGCUCCCUGACGGAAAAAUGAUCACUAUUGGCAAAGAGAGAUUCAUGUGCACUGAGAUGCUCUUCAAGCCAUCCUUGAUAAACUCACAGCAGCUGGGGCUUCCUCUCCUAACCUUGACAUCCCUCAAUAAGUGUGAUGUUGCCUUAAAAAAAAAUCUGAUGAGCAACAUUUUGUUGUGUGGAGGCUGUACCACAAUGAAAGGCUUUGCAGACCGCUUCCAGAGGGAGCUAAUCAGAAUGUGUCCAAAUGACAAUCCCAUUUCAUCAGCCUCCCCUGGGAGAAAAACUUCUGUAUGGACUGGGGGCUCCAUCCUGGCAUGCCUUAAGGCUUUCCAGCAGCUUUGGGUUCACAGGCGUGAAUAUGAAGAACGGGGCCCUUUUUACAUCUACAGGAAGUGUUUCUGAGCUCCCGACAGAUUAAUUUCCCUGCCUGCCUGCCCACGCUUACCCACUUAGUUAGAUCUACAUUGGUUGAAGAAGUUUCGCACUUUCAGCAGUAUCCAGCAGAAUAUUACUUGGUCUGUGAGCACUAGGGGAUAGUUUACUUUCUGUUUUCCCUAUAUUAAAAUAUCAUCGUUAACACCCUGUAA